AUGGAAUCGCUGCGUAUCCGUGAAAGAUCGGAACUGGCUGAACACAUAUCCCUACAAAGCUACUGGGUUAUCAUCGACCAAAUCGUGUAUGAUUUAGCAUCCUUUGUUGAAUUUCAUCCGGGUGGACCGAGGAUAAACCGUCAGCUCGCCGGAGAAAGCAUCGUGCUCUUGAAGAAUAACAGCGGAAUUCUGCCUAUUCCGUCUGACGAAAUUGAAGAAAUAGCCCUCCUCGGACCCAAUUUAAAGAAUGGAGCAUACUGCGGCGGAGGAAGUGCUCAGCUUAAUUCCUAUUAUGUGGUUACAAACUACCAAGGCAUUGUUGACCGACUCACCAAUAAUGGACAUCGCAAGGAUAUGAAAAUAAAUUACGAGGUUGGAGUCCAUUCUUGGGGCUUCCUCCCAUGA